CCGGCUGGGCGCCCGGCCCACUGGUGGGGGAAACUGGCCCACCCAUUGGGCCGGGGGGGGGGGGGGGGGAGCAAAGGCGAGCCGCUAUUGGUUCGGCUACGGUGUCAGUUAUCCUGCGGGGUAUCCGCCCCCUGGGGGAAGGUCCAAUGGACUGGGGUGGCAGCCCAGCACAGUUGAGAGCAGAGUUUGAAGCCGACAAAUAGGAGUUACGAGCUGAUGCUAGCACUGACAAAAAACUCAGGCAGAAGAGAUCAUGACUUCUGUCAAAGAGCAGGAAGCCAUCAGGAAGCUCAUGGUUUUCUUGCAGGAAUGGGAUAGUGCCCACAAAGUUGCUCGAAGCCGCAUCCUGGACAACUUCAUUGAAAGCAACGAUGGCAAGACAGAACCAGAGCUGGAGCUGGAGUUCUCCCAGGGAGCCAGCUUGUUUCUGGCUCGCCUAACUGCAUGGCUCAGGAUGUCCUACAUGUACAGCACGUGCCUUGACAAGCUGCUCAAGUCCAUUGGCAUCUUCCUAUCUGCUGCAAGUGGACGCAGAUACCUUAUUGAAUUUCUGGAGAUUGGAGGUGUCUUGAUUCUCCUGGAAAUGCUAGGGCUGAACCACCUGAAAGAAGAGGACAAAAGGGAGUCUGUAAAGCUGCUGCAGCUCGUCGCAGACGCUGGCAGGAAGUAUAAGGAGCUCAUUUGUGAAAGCUACGGGGUGCGAUCCCUUACUGAGUUCUUGGCCACUUCCAACUCAGCAGAGGCUCAAGAAGAUGUGCAGGUUCUGCUGGAGUCUUUGGGCCGCAGCAAUCCCAAGUACCAGAAUCAAGUCUACAAAGGCCUCAUUGCUGUUCUGCCGUGCACCUCCCCCCGCGCCCAGCAGCUGGCUCUGCAGACGCUCGGGGGCAUGCAGGACGUGGUGGGAGAGGUGCCCUCUGUCCUUGUGGAGCCCGUGCUGGGCGUGCUGUGCUCCGUGCACCUGGAAGUCCAGUAUGAAGCCAUCCAGCUGCUGAAGGCCCUCAUGGCCCACGAGGUCCGGCCAGCCCUGCUGAAGGGCCUGGUUGCAUUACUGACGCCACGCAGGAAGAAAGCAUUUACCUUCUGCGAUGAGACCACCAAAGGUCCAACAGCACUUCGCCUGAGGGAGCCCGUGCUGGUGUACAUUCAGCAGGCAGCUGCCGCAAAAGCCAUUGGUGUAUUAGCCAAGGAGUCAGCAGAAGUGGCUGAAGAACUGAUCCAGCUGAAAGUGGUACAUGGCUUGAUGGUUGCUGUGGGGAACCUGGAUCAUGUGGCCAGCCAGAGACAUGCCAGCAUCUCCCUGGAGUAUUUUGUCCAUACAUUUCCCUUUGUGGAGGAGUGCGUAAAGAAGGCACUAGGACACACACUGUUCCAGCACUUUAUGGACAGUCCUGAGAUGUGGUACACAAAAAUGGAUCCAGUCCAGGCUGAAGAACUGGCCUCCAAUAUAGUAGACAUCCCCGGAGACAUGGCAAGGAUGCAGUCCAGAGGUGAGCAGGAAUGACUUCCACGCGAAGAAAAAAAAUGUAACUUCAAUCCGAACCAAAGCUGGGAAUCUGUCAAGAUUCAGUGUUUCCAAAUGCUUAUGACAUGUAUUACCAUAAAUCCUUUCAGAGAGCGGAGUGCUUUCCAGGAAGGAACCAAGCAGCCUUUUGUGAACUAAAUGAAGGAAAGCUACCAAACCUGAAAUGUGCAAUUGUCAUCUUGUUAACCUAUGGCAAAAGUCAGUCAUCUUUUUACUUGUCACCUCAUUGGAGAGGUGUAGAAGCAUGUAAAGCAGAGACCAGGAGGCACUCACUGCUCUGUCACAGGGGUUCCAGAUAUCAGCAAAACCCCCAGGGAAACCUGGGACUCAGUCCCUGCAUAUCUACCUUACCCUGCAGGUACCCAAGGUCAGCCAUGGGGCACUCAAAACACACACUCCCACCCUCUGCUUCGAGGCAUUUGAGUUCUCCAGGUCCUUCAGAUUUUGCGCAAAGUCCCCAAGGUGCCAUACCCUAAUUAGUUCAUAUCAAAGUCCAUCAAGAACACCAAGUGUUUUGUGUCAUCUGUAGGGCCAUGUCAGGGACACAUUCUUGGCACACCACUUACAGAUGAGACCCAAAGUACUACAAAAAGUAAAAGGCACAGGUGUUGUCAUUCAGGACAGAGUAAACUCCCUACAAAAAAAAAAAAAAACCAAAACACCACACAAGACAGGGCAGCUUGAAGUCUAGCAUGAGAGACUCCUCUGAGGAAAGACAACAUUAAUCACAGAGUUUAAUCUCUAUUAUGUCUCACAGAGAACACCCAGGCUAGUUUCAUAAGACAGCUCUAAGAUAAUGUGUUCCUAACAACCAACCUCCAAAUUGCUGUUACAGGCAAUGACAAGAAAACUUUUGGUCAGAGUAAAAGCAGCCAAAACACCUUCUGCAACAAGAGUAGAAUCCCCAGGUCAGAAAGGCCAUUACCUGUCAGCGUAUCUCAGUGUGUUUAAGGUGUAUUCACAUGAACUCAUGCCUGGAGAAAUCAUUGC